AUGCAGUGCAUGGACAGGGCCACCACUGCAGCCCAGCGUCGAAUUACCGAGCUUUCAUUCCUCUGGGGCCCUAAGGGGCUUCUUCGCGUUGCUUUCGAGAGCACUGGCCAGGAAACAUCAAGCGACUUCUGCAACAUUGUCAAUCGUAUGGUUGAUGAUUGGGAGCGUAUAAGCCUCUCGACGAUGAAACGGCGGGAAAAAACGGCCAAGGAAGCUAGGACGAUACUUGGCGAGCUUUCCCAAACCCAAUCCGACUACACUAAUGUGAAAGAGCCUUCCGGACCCCUCACUCUCGAGGAUAAAAUCUCGGGAGUUCUACGAGACCUCAACUCGAUCAAGCAGCAAAUCGACGAGGCAUAUUGCCGUAAAAUGGAAUCAUUAUUGGUUACCGUCACUUCUCGGUUCCAACUGGGAGAGCUUGAUAGCCUCUUUCUUCCUGAUACUGAAGAAGGACCAACCAACGAUGACCGUAAGACGAGAGGUGCAACCCUAAAGCCAACCCAAACCAACCGGACUCAAAUCCAGAGGGAUUUACUUAAGUCAGAAAUAAGUAAGGCAAACCAAGAAGCCGAAAAAGCGGAGGCGGACAUCAAGAGCCGUCGCAUUGAGCUUCAAACCGUGACGGGGAUUGCUCAGGGAAUUGUUGAGGGUCUGAAAGGAGUUUAUUGA